GGCUUAAUUAUGGGAUGAAUAAUUCCCAAACAGUAUUUGUUUCAGGCUGCCCUCCAUUUCACUUACCCACGGUCGGCGUAGCCUUCCUUCUUCCGUCUCUUCUUCGAUGGUCGAAGGAGAAAGGAAAUUUUACUUGCUAGUAGCUGAAAUAGAGUAUGGACAAGCUUAGAGAAUUUGGAAGGGUAGCUUUAUUCUACGUCAGAGUUCUCUCCGGGUAUGAGGAGCGGAGGAUCAGAAACUAUAGAUUGCAACUUGAGAGACGUCUCCGGCAGGCACAAGAGCAGAAAGCAGCAUUAAAAAGGGUUCCUGAGCAGAUUAUAUUAACAGAGGUUCGCCGCAUGGUUGAGGACAUGCAAGCUUUAAACAAAAAGCUUGAAGAAACAGAAGCUGCAAUUGAAGGAAUGUUCAAACCAAUUGACAAGCAAGCCGAGGCCAUAAUGAAAGUGCAGCUGGAAGGAGAGGAGAGGACAAUGAAGGAGAUGAUGAUAGCAACAGAAGAACAGGCUUUGCUUGAGAUGGCUGAGGCUGAGAAAAAUGCAAAAAUGCAUCAACCAGACACCAAGCAAAAUAACCAGGAUGCUGCAUCUGCAGUAGCCAACAUGCCCAAACAAGAUGAUUGUGUGAAAUAUCACCAAUAGAAUUAAAUUUGACUGUCACAGAGUAUCUUUGUAGUGCUGUUUUUGUACAAGUUUCUUGAGAGAUUAGUUUGAAUAAUUGAGGCUUUUCAUUGCUAAGGUAUGGACAACUGAUGCUGAACUUUCAAGUUUAUGGUAUAUAGAACAGAGAAUUUGUUCUUGCUGCAUGAAUGAUUCUGUAUAAGGAAAAUGUUCAUUCUGCGGUUGUUAUAUUUGUGGAUGCUUGUGAGUUCUACACGAUAAUGUGAUGUGAUU